AGUCAGUCGACCGAGCGACGCGGGUAGCGACGGUCGAUCGUCGUCGAUUUCCAUUUCCAAUCGACUCCGCUCUCAAACUCUCGUAGAAAAAGCCCUGCGAAGGACAGCCGAAAAAGGCGGAGGGGGGUUAGUGAUCAUGCGUAUACGUAGGGAGAAGUAAUCUCGCGUCGAGUACGAUACCGCGAAAAUUCUCGCUCCAAACAACCCUACGACAACGACCAACGCGUAUCUCGAUCGGCUCGCACCCCUAUCGACGCGUCGCGCUUUCAAUCGUGAGAAAAAAGGGAGAAUCCGUCAAUCUGGUCGACUAUUCUCAGCCUAUCGGUGUCCUCGGCGAAGGGCACUCUUUCUUUGCUGAAAGGGAUUUCCCGGCGCGAUUAGUCGGGAGAGAAACGAAGAAGGAGCAAAGUUCCUGUGAGAGAUUGCUACCCUCGUCUGAUAUAGCGAAGACGAACGAAGCAUCCCCCUCCAGAGACUAUCAGAGAUAGAUCGUUUCAGGACGUAUUUGGCACGAAGAAUUGAAAGAGCCAAUUUCGUCGAGCGGCGGCUUCAUCGUGCGUUGAAAAUCGAAAAAUCGGUAUAGAGAUCCAACCGACAGUUUGAAAUCGCUUCGCGGAGAAUAAAUGUUUCAAGUCCAAAAAGGAACGUUAAUUAUGAUCCAUCACACGAUUAAGAUUACACACGAGUGACAAGUGCACGUGACAAAUCAACGAGUGUCCGCGAAUAAACGCGGCAAACGAAGUAAUUGAGUUGUCAAAUCGAGAUUAAGUGUGAAGAAGCGAGAGAAAAAAUGAAGCUUAGGCGAUUAGUGUCGAACAAUAUUAAUCGGCGCUUAAUGAGUGCCGCGUGAGUGUGCGGAAAAGAGGACCGCUAUCGAGAUGAAACUGGGAGUCUUGGGAGAUGAUAUGACUAUGGAAGCUUGCAACGUAUGGAGCGACGUGGGUAGUCCGCGAAAGUAUCGGCCACCGCGAAUCGGCGACAUUCCACGAGGUUCUGCGGUCGAGAGCUCUCCCACAAAUUCACCCACUACGAAAGGUACUUCUGACGCUGAACAAUUAUCGACGGAUGCGCCGGGUCCAUCGAAAGUACUGUCGAGCCCGGAGUAUAUCCAAGAAGUACGCAAAGACAGCGCCCUGUACCUUGAAGAGGGAGAGGGUACAUUGAAGACUGCGACACAGGCCACCACUGAUGUUCUUCGAAGACAGAGCAGCGGCUACGUGAGCCGUCGAGAUAGCUUCGAGGAUAAUAGAAGAAAUUCCGCAACGGGCGGUGAUACGCAACAGCAAGAGAAGGAGAGACACAAAUCGAAACCGAUAACUCUUGGAGCCUUGAUUAAGGAUCUUGCUGGUAGAAAAGAGGAGAACAUUGAGGAGAACAUUGAGAACAUUGAGGCGUCCACAGAUACAGCAAAGGGAAUGCCGACGACGGAGAUACACAGAAAGGUGUCGAGCUCCUCCGGCCUCGACAUGCCCAACGUUGAUGAGGCAAAGGAGGUUGUCAGAAACAAAACUCUACCGCGGCAGAGGAGUUUCCAGACCCAGGAGAUCAAUGAUGGGCUGACAACGCGUCUCAGCGAAAUCCAAGUGACGUCUAUCUUCAGGAACCCCAAUAUUUAUCUUCCGUGCAAUAACGACAAAAAUGCACCAUCAGACGAGGUGGACACGAUUCAGCGAGUGGUCGACACAACCAUCGAUCAUUCUGCUAGCGGCAACUCGAAUUGUAAGAAUGUGCACAAGACAAACGUGGAAACUAUUAUUGCCUCGGAUAAUAAUCGGACUAUAGAUUUGAGAAAAUUAUCCUUACCCGACGAAGCAGGACCGAGCCAGCGACUGUUCGAGAAAGCUGAUGUCACCUACAAAUCCGUUCAUUCUCGCUACCCUCACGCCAGCCCUCAUAGAUUGCCCAGGAAACACAUCCGAGCGCUCAAUAGGGAAUGCUCCGUCGAUAGCCAACAUGACGGCCAACAAUUGAAUCAAUACAAAGUGCUGAACGAAAUCGGAAAGGGCUCCUUCGGUGUCGUGAAAAAGGUCUUCAACGAGGAGGACGGCACGUAUUACGCUAUGAAGAUAGUGAGCAAAAGGAAAUUAAUGAAGAAAACGGGGAUAUUUGGGAGGAUACCACCGCGUAGAGCCGGCGCCGAUCCCUUGGCGAAAGUUUACAAGGAAAUCGCCAUCCUGAAGAAACUCGAUCAUCCCAACGUCGUGAAACUUGUCGAGGUGCUCGACCAUCCUGACAAGAACAAUCUCUACCUAAUUUUCGAAUUGGUCCACAGGGGUGAAAUUCUCCUUAUACCCACCGACAAGCCUCUGAAUGAGGCAACGGCCAGGCGUUAUUUUCGCGAUGUUGUCAUGGGAGUCGAAUAUUUGCAUUAUCAGAAAAUAGUACAUCGUGACAUAAAGCCAAGCAAUCUACUGGUGGACAAAGACGGCAGUAUUAAAAUCGCUGAUUUAGGCGUCAGCACGGAUUUAAGAGAAUCUGGAGAGUUAUUGACAGGACAAGCUGGCACGCCGGCCUUCGCAGCGCCCGAAACAACCGUUGCUAAUGCGCAGUACUUGGGACCGCCCUGCGAUAUAUGGUCGAUGGGGGUAACGCUGUACGCGCUUGUGAUCGGAGAUCUUCCUUGGCGCGCUUCCGAUAGCACAACCAUUCAAGGGGUUGUUCGUUCGAAACCACUCGUGUUCCCCGACAAUCGCUUAUCUACGGAAUUGCGAUAUUUAAUUGAGGGAAUGCUGGAUAAGUCGCCGGAAACCAGGCUCACGCUCCCGAAGGUAAAGCAGCAUCCAUGGCUGACAAAUAACGGAACUGAACCACUGCCGGCCGAGGUCGACAACUGCCGCUUACGGGUCACCGUCACCGAGGAGGAGGUCAUAAGACUCGGCACCCUGCUCCUCGUCAAGAAUAUGCUGAAACAGCACAGCUUUCAGAAUCCAUUUCUGCCUAAGCGGCUCGGACGGACAGCGGACAACGACGCCGGCACGGAAUCCCCGGCGGCUGGACCAAAAAGUGGGGUAUCUCCCUCGGCGCAGGGUGACACGAUGAGAGACGCGAAAGCGGAACGUUUUCACGAGGCCGGGAGAAGCAAUUCCGCGCCAGAUUCCUACGAUUGGCACAUAAGCGGCAGACAAUUAUCGGUGGAAAAUCCUUUAUCGCCCGUGACGGAAACUGAAAGGAGGUAGUGCCACUGUCGAUAGAAGUAGCACAAAACCGAAUCCCGAUCGAAAAACGAGCCGACGUCAAACGGAAGAUAGAGUCGGGACUGAUCAUCGAUCGCGAUUCAACAAGCGACGGCGAUAUCAAAAGGCGAAAUCGUCGAACGAACCAACGAAAAUUUAAUCUUCCAGAGAACCGUUAUCGAUUUCACUCUCUCGUCGCUUGUAUCGUCAGAAUCACGGGGCAUUGCCUUCAGUUUCGCAUGUAAGAGCUCCAUGAGUUAUUUGUGAAUACGUGAAAAUUUCUAACCGGCGAGGCUGACGAAAACAGCGGAUCAAGGAUUUGUUGAAAAUGUUUCUGCUAGAUCUCAAAUGAUUUUAUAUGAUUAAAAAUGUAACGUCGCGUUUGAAACGUUCCGCAUUAUAUUACGAUAAUAUUCAGUGUACCUUUGGCUAUUGUUGUUAUUUGACCAUGAUAGAAUAGGAAAGAUGUUAUUUACAAUUAAUCAUCUCGCGCAUAAAUAGCUCCAUCAUACAUUCCUAAAAAAAAAGAAAUAUAGAAAAAUUAUUAUAUUUACUUCGCUAUUGACUGCCAAUAUUUUCUAUUUAAAUAAAAAAUUCGGCAAAUUUUUUUUACUACAACAUAGUAACAUUCGGUAUAAAUAAUCGACCAAAUAUCAUUUUCUUUUUUUUUUCUGCUUUUCAUCUGGCAACAUCUAAAAGCAAUUUGUAUCAGUAAUGAAAAAAUGACAAAAAGACACGCGCCCACACAGCAAGCAUAUCAAAAAAACGUCCAGAAGAUAUUUCGAAGAUAUUCUAUCGCCUAAAUAUAUCUUCGGGAUAUCUUCUGGACGUCUUUUUCAAUAUCAAUACAUGCUGUGUGGGCGGAUCACUAUGCCGCGUUUUGUUAAAGAUUGACGAAGCGAUCAAAUAUUUAUAAACGUUAUAGCCACGUGUGUAAAAUAACGUAAGGUAACGAAAGUAGAUAAUACAUUUAUUGCGGAGGAUGAUCCGAAAUUAAGACAUGCCUCGCCGAAGGUUUUCAUUCCAUUAAUAUCUUUAAAACAAUAUGCGUCCAACGCGCAUAUUUAUAAAUAAUUUCAAAAUUAAAAAUUGUAUAUAUCCAAUCCAGUACUGAAGAGAACCACUGAAGAAACAUUUUAUGUUUUUUGUACGUCAUAAUAUAAAAAUGUCAUGCCAAAAGCUUGGCAAGAGCAACAUACGAAUUGAAAUACUUUUUCCUCUUUUUUUUUUUAAACUUGUUUUUGCAUUGCUAUAGUUGCCACGCUCAAUAUCGAUGAAAUUCAAGGCGAACAUCCAUCUUACAAACACGCACAUUCGUUGCUAAAUUUACUAAAUUUUCAUCACAAUUUAAAUAAAACGACAUUUGAAAAAAUAGAAUAUUUCACGUUGACGGCUA